AUGUUAGCAAAGACAGCAGGACAAGAUUCAUUCUGGAUUGGUCUGUGUGACAACCUUGAUGAGAACGACUCAAAGUUUCUCCUCAGAUUGGUGUUUGCAGUGCUGCAGCAGGCUUCAGCCUUCUCAAGACGAAUCCUUGACCCUCUCAUCCGAUUUCCAUACAGACUCCUGCUUUUGGGCAAAAAUCCAGAUACUUCUGUGUGCACCUGCCGCAUUCAAGUUGCGAAGGAGAUUCUUGAAACAAAGAAUUUGGAAAUCAAUGCGGCAAAGGCCAGGGAUCUUUUUCAAGCAGAUCUGCAAUUUGCAGCAACACAAGGCAUUUUGAAAGGAGCUCUGCGGGUGUUUAUUCGAGGCAUUGCCAGAUGCUGGCAAUGUGACACUAGGGAUUGCGAGCGAAUAAACAAGCAUUUGGCCCUUUUCACAGAGCGGGGGCCAACAUCAUCACAUGAGCUGAUUUCCAGCCGCGCUUGCAUAAAGCACUUCUUGGGCGAGUCUGUGAAUCCUGGAGCUUCUGAGAAACGGCGGAAAUGGAGUGAAUACAAACCCACAGCACAAUCGUUGCUGCAGCUUUGCUUGUCCAGUUGGCCUGACAAAGCAGAGGUCCAAAACAACACCUCACGGUGGGAACAGCCGGCGCCACCAGAAGACUUGCCUCCUGACAGAGAAAUGAGCCGCGUGUAUGACAAGUUGAUCGGAAUUCCAGGACAGACUGCUCGAAAGAACUGGGCCGCAUGCUGGAACAUGAUGAUCAACAAGAAACUGGCAGCUGCGUCUGAGUCUGAUACUUCAGUUUCUGCAGGCUCAUCAUUGGUGGUCACCAUUAUCAAAAAACAAGCUGGGUUUCAAUCUACCUAUGAUCACUAUAUCACAGCAGAGAAGGUUCGAACAACUCGACGGCUGGUUCUGUGUGAAACGCGGGGGGACAGGGAACUGUGGUUGAAAGAGCCGUUGACUUUCUUGAAUUCCCUUGAUGUCAUCUCCUCGUACUGGCCGUUUGUUCGAAGCGGUGCUCACGUGCGAGUUUUCAUUCUGAAACCAAACAAGUAUGAUGCCAAAAACCUUCCAGCUAUCAAGUAUGUUGGCCUCACUGAGAGUAAGCCCAUUGCGCAAGUGGACUUGGAGAAGCCGUCGACCAAAAUGAAAGAGGCCUUUGUCAAUUGGUCUGACGAGCCAGAGGAAAAUGAAGAUGAACAUGCAGAACACCAUGAAGAGGACGACGCAAACGACAAUGCUGAGAAACCACUUGAACAGAAAAUACUGGAACUAUUGAUGGAACAAGCGGAAGAAGAUCUUGAGAAAGCAGCCGGUGAUGAUGGUGGCACACAUGGGAGUGCGAGUGUACUGACUACGGCAGAGCACAUUUUGAGGGAGGCUUGCCGUGAGACAACAUCAACAGUUCUGGAUGAUUUGGAAGAGAAAAAGCAAGAGCUGGAGACCGAAGCCAACGAAGAAACUAUGGAGGAUAGUGUUCGGGCAGUGGAGGAGCAGGUAGUGAAAGAUGCAUUGAGAACUGGAGCAUGUCCAAUGCCGUGA